AAUCGAUUUAAUUAUUUAUUUUAAUGGGUAACAACAUCAAAGAUUUAUUCAAAAACAUCCAUUUUAUCCUAAAAUUAUUCCAACUUGUUAUUUGCCUCUCCGCUUGGAUAAUUUGGUAUGUAGAUCCCCCAGGGAAAGUGUUUAAAGAUGUGGAAAGUCACGAUACCAUUUCAGUGGCCAUCAUCGGUUACGCAUUCAUCAGUUUCAUCUUUAUACUCACCUAUAUUUUCGCGGAAUCUCAAGAUUUCUUGGAAAUUUGUUUCACACUUUUCGGCUUCGUCUAUCACCUCGUUUCAACGAUUUUAAUUUUUAUUUUGUACUCGGAUUAUAAUGAAUUUAUGAUGGUUAGCACGUCUUGUUUUUGGAUUUCGAUGGGAAUGUUGACUUCGAUUUGUGCAGUUCUUUGCUUAAUCGAUUUUAUUGUUAAAGUUAUCGAGAUGAGAAAUUAGAUUUAUUUUGA